AAUGGCCCCAAAACGGGAGCGGGUUCGGGAUAUAAUGCAGCUGGAGCAAAGGCAGGAGGAAGAUGUGGCGCCCAACGUGGGGCAGGAGGUGUAACUGGAGCAAGAGCAAGUAUUAAAGGCGCUCGCCAGGACUCGGCAACCACAACCACACCGACAACAACAACAGCAACAACAACCGCAACCACUCAACAAUUUACUAAGCAAAAUCCUUUUGCUGCCUCCCGGCAACGUAACAGUAACAGUAACAAUAGUAGCAGUAACUUUAACCUUAUUGUAAGCAGUAAAAAUAGUAGCAUCAUCAGCAGCAGCAGCCACAGAAAUGUUAAAGAGACUGUUACCAAACAGAGGCAGAGGCAAAAGAAUGUAAAUUAGUAGGAGUUUAACAAGAGAAAAAACAAAAGAAAACGAAACAAAAAAGAUAUACCAAGCAGACCUAAACAAAUUUUGUAUUUUUGGGAUAUUUAUGAUUUAAUUUCAAACUCAACCAGACCUCUCUUUCCAAGCUUCAAACGCCAACAAACCACAAAACAUAUAGCCACUGUAAUUAAAUGCAAAGAAAAAAUA